AUGGAACCAGUACCAGUUCAUGGUGGAGCUGCUGAUGACGUGAAGACUGAAACAACUUCAGCAGACUCGGGAUCUGGCUUGACUGAACAGCAGCCUCAUGAGAAUACGGCUGAUGAGAACAUUAAGAAGUUGCCUGUAGAAGAGGAAGUCAUUCAUUCAGAGUCUCAACCACAAGUCAAAAGCGAGGAAAGCUCAGUGCCAAUUCAAAACGCCAAGACUGACAGCUCAUUAGAAUCUUCUACUCAGCAUAGUUCUGCAGCGGGUGAAAGUGAAUCCAAUCAAUCUUCUCGUCCACCUCUCAACCCGUCGAAUAGUUCGUCGAUGUCUAUUUCAGCCAUGCUUGGUGGUGCAGGUUCUCAAUCGCAAUCUGCCGAUUCGAAUAAACCAGAUGAUGCUUCUAGUAGUAUUAAAAACAUAGUCAGUCCAUCUUCGAGCUCAGCUCCAUUGAGUACUGAAGGUCAAAACAAUUCAUUCCCAUCAGCUUCAACUUCUAUUCCGGCUCCAUCGCCAUUUACUGCUCCUUCAGCCAGUGAGAUUGAUAACUCGGUUCCAUCACAACCAGCAUCUUCAGCUGCGGGUACUGUUCCAGAUAUCAUUUCUAGACCCGAAACUGAUCCAGCAGCCACUAGCUCUGCUACUACUACUGGAUUUUCUACACCGGCAAUGGAACCAGCUUCUGAGUCGGCGUCAGGACCUAAUGCUCCUGUAUCACAACAAGAGUCGGUCCAGGUUCUAACUGGCUCAAGUUCGACAUCUACAGCUACAGUUGGUGCUAUUUCAAACCCCAGUUCAGCUGGUACUGAGUCCAAUCCUCCAAUUUCACAAUCUGAACCUCUUUAUUCAUCACAUCUUCCUAGUUCACAGCUGUCAACAAGUGAACCAGAAAGACCCAGGCCGUCUUCAUUCCUCACACAAUUCAAAGGUGGAAGUCCUACUUUCCAACUACCGCCUGUCCAGUUUGAUCCGGCUUUAGACAGAAGAAAACAGAAUCUUACGGGGCCUGAAUCGGCUCCAGUAAGAGCGGAAGAUGCAGUAGCAAAAUUAAAGAAACCUGGAUUUGAACAAGAGCAAGCGCUUUCUCAACAGGAACAGCUAGAACAACAGCAACAUGCUCUACAACAAGGACAGUUCUCAUCGCAAAAUGCUAUACCUCCUACGACAGUAGAAGGUGAGCAUCAAUCGCAACUUCCACCACCACCACCACCUUCACAGUUGCCACCACAAUCAACACUGCAUAACCAUCAGCAUCCAGAUAAUGGUGUUCCAGUUGCUAACCAUCUUCACCAUCACCACCACCAUCAUCACAGACAUCAUCACCACCAUCACCACCAUGAAGAUGGUGACAGUCAUGAAGCCAGUCCUGGAGCUCCAGAACCAUUUGUAUUUCCUGGCAAUGCUAGCUCGGUAACUCCAACUGCUAACAACGGCUUUCAUCUACAGCCACUCGUUGAUGGCAAUGGUUUGUCUGUUUCAUUGAAACGUCCAGCCGAGACAGGUGAUGAAUAUCCUCCCCUGACAGUUCGCAGUCAGAUAAUUGUUGACAAUUCAGAUGUUUUAGAGGCUAUUACCAAGUUCCCACGGCACAUUCUUGGAGCGGUGAUAUAUGAGCCACAAUCCAAGAACAGUUCGCAUGUAUUAUUACCGCGAUACGACGACAAAAUCAACAGUGUGAUUCAAAUUCGAAUUCCUCGUCGCUUCCUUAAUCACCAGACGAAUCUUGCUAUUCCAGAGCGCAGGCUGUGGGGAACUGAUAUCUAUACAGAUGACUCGGAUAUUGUAGCAGCUCUGUAUCACAAUGGUCACCUCAAGCUACCAGACCCAUUAGUCACGACGGUGGUUGAUGAAUCAAUCUCGCCAUUAACUGAUUGCAUUGCUUCCAUUAGAAUUCUCCCCAGACUGGAACGCUACCAAGGCUCAUACCGGUACGGAUUCAAUUCAAGAACAUGGUUGGCAUCUCAUGAUGGCGUCAGUUUUAUGAUUGAAAGUGUAGACUUUGUUCCAUGUGGACAAGCCGAAGCAUCUGCUUCAUUGAAAAAGCAACGGGUAUCAGACUGGAACCAACUCAGGAAACUUUCAAAGAGCAACAAUCCCGAGUUCAAACUCAGUGCAGCUCUGAGUGAAAAAAUCCGUCGUGAAACAAAACCAGUCGAUACUAUUAGUUCUACUGAUAGCCCAGACGCAUCAAAAACGGCAUGA